AUGUCUCAACUAAAUGCUAUUAAUUUUACGCAUCUUGAAGAAUUUUUAAGUCGAGAAGGGUCAAGUGAAGAAGAGAUUCGAGAAUGGUACGAGAAACUCUCCGAGUAUGAAAUCGAAGGAAACGAGACUCCACAGGAAAUCGAGCUACUCUAUAAUGGAGCCCGAUAUAUUAUGAGUUUCGCGUUCACCGCAGCUGAAGAGCUUCGAGAUGUCGCCGAACAAGAAGCAGUGCAAGUAGCAGAUAAAGAAGAACAAUGGGAAGAAGAGCGAAAUCAGUUGAAGGAAGAACUCGAAAGCCUUCGAGAACGAAUCACGUCGAAGGCGGAAAUCGGCGACUCGACGGAAACGUUUCGCGCCCAAAUUGAUAGUUUGAAGCAGGAGAACCGACAGCUGCAGCAAACGAAUCGCGAUCGAGACCGAGAAAUGGCUGACCAGCGGGAUAGAUUUGAGAAUCUCGCAGCGCGUGUCGAAACUGUUACCAGAGAAAGAGAUGCCUUGCAAGAACACAAAAUCCACCUAGAAGACACCAUUCGAGAGUUAAAUCGUCGACUUUCUUCAAAAACAGAAGACACUGGAGGCGAUUGGGAGAGUAAGAAGCUUCGAAUGAGAAAUGAGCAAGUGCUCACGAUGAGUAGACAAAUGCAGGCGGUUAUCACUCAGAAUGAGGAAUUGCGAGAGGAAAUUGACAGGGUCUCUGAUGCCCUUGAAGAAGCGACAAGGAUAAUCGAUCAGAGUGCGGUGAGGUAUUCAGAUAUUGCUUCGCAACUGGAAGCAAGCAAUCAACGAGUUGGUGAGCUCGUAGAGCAGAAUAGAAUUAUCACCGAAGGGUUGCCCGAUAAGCUCAUUGAAAACCUUCCAAAGUGUAUGGCAGCUGCAGAAAAACUUGUAUCUGGACUGCCCAAAGAUAAAAUCAAUUUUCUUUAUCGCCUCUCUGAAUUAGUUUUGCCUCAUUUUCUCAAAGAAGAGGAUCAGAAAGCACUUGAGGAUGAAACCGGUUACACAAAAAUGGUUGAGCUCCAGGAGCAGCUCGACAGAUCUCAAGAGAAAGUGAAGAGUUUGCAAGAGGAGCUGGCGAAUGUUGUUGAGGAAGCCAAUCGGUUGCAAAUGCUUAUUCGGGAAGAUCGUACCGGCGAGAAGGAGCAGGAGCUGGAGCAGCUCAAGAAGGAGUUAAUGGCAGCGACAACGCUUGCACGAAAUCUAUUCGGAGAAGCGAUGUCAGAAACCCCGGGUCAGGAUCCAUCAGUUAGUCUUCAAAUGCGCAUAUUCCAACUUGAAAAUAAUGUGAAACAACUGAAUGAGCAACUGGAAGAGCGAGAAAAAAUCCUGCAAGAAUUCCAAUUCACAAUUGAACAGAAGGAUAUUGCGAAUUCCGAAGUGUUAGCGGAACUUAACCGAUUGAGAGAAGAAGCGUAUGGUAGCUCAUGGGAAGAAAUUGCCAGACUUGAGAAGCAACUUCGGAUUCGAGACGAUCAGUUGGCCAAAUUGAGACAGCACUGCACGUUGCUACAAGUCGAACUCGGUAGAUACGCGGAUGAUAGUUAUGAGAGCCCGGCGCGAGGAAAACUGGUGCAGGUUAAAGAAGAUGAACCGGCUUCUGAGGAAACACCAAUUCUCAAAUCGGAAAAGUCAACGAAGAAGGUGAAAAUUGUUGAAGAUCUUCCGCAAGAACCAGCCAAGAAUGUCGAAGCAACUUCCUCUCCUCGAUCUCGUCCGAAACCGCCAAAGAGGAUGGUCAACGUGCAAGAUUUAGAUCAGACUGAUAUAGCGCAACAAUCACUUCUUAUUGCGAAUCUCUAUUAUGAGAUGAUGCAGUUGCUUGAGGAGCUUGAUAUGAAGGAUGAGACUCUUCGAGAAAUGGAAAGAUCGUGGAAACUCACGAAAAAAGCUCAUGGUGAAAUGAAAGCCCAAUUGAAGCUUGCUUAUGAUGAAAUUGCAAAACUGAAGGAAGAACAACUAUUGAUUGAAGAACGAGUAAUUAAUGAAACAAAAGAGAAUGAAUCUCUUGAGUUGCAGAGGCUUGUGGAAUCGAUAAAUGUUGGUGGAAAUGAACUCGAACGAAAAAUGGGUGAAGCGACGAGAAAAUUGAUAAUGGAACGCGUUGAGCGAAUUAGAUAUUCUCGACAAUGCGCCAUUCUAAAAACAAAAGUCGAGCGGUUGGAAUGGGCUUCGCGUAGGAUUCGGGAUACGGCGAAAGAGAAGGAGACACAAUCUGCGAGAAACGAGAUUAAAUACAAAUUCGAAAUUGAUCUACUCACAAUCGAAGUCGGAAAACUUCAAAACCGAAUAUUACGUAGUGUGCCUGUUGAAGAAUAUGACAAGAUUACGAGGAAAUAUAAAUCGUUGCUCAAGGAAUCUAUCGGAAUUGAAACCAACAACGAGGAGCCGCCACGAAGUGAGCUGAAUGUGAUGCAUCAGAAGAGUAGUGAUGCUGAACAAGAAGCUAAAGAGAAUAUGCUCAAGAAGAUGAUUGACGUUGUUUCGGAUCAAUGCGAUUUUUGGAGUCGAGAGGCGGCAAUUUUGCAAGCUGAAAAUGAAGAGCUCAAAAAAUUUGUGGAAGAUAUUGAGAAUGAGAGCGAUUUAAAGAGUGUUCUAGGAGCUGUUGAGACGCGACUGUUGGACACUAUUCGUGAACUUCGCAAUAAUGAGCGCGAACACUUGAGAGAGAAGAAGAAACAGCGAGCAGUGCGCAGCGAGAAUUCGAGGGAUUCCGAAAAAUUGCGGAGAGAACGAAUGGCGCUGAUGAAUGUGAUAAAUGUUCUUCAAAGAGAGAAUUCGAUGCUACGAACACAAUCAAUGGGUUCUGUAAGUCUGCAACAGCUUGAAGUAUUACGACAGAAGAUUGGAGAAGCUCGAGAAAAAGAAGCGACAGUGGAGCAUCUCAAGAACGAUAUUGAACAGUUGAAAGAAGAAGCUGAACUCGAAUUGCUGAAAGCGAGAGCCGAAAAAACAGCCAGCGAGGUUCUAAACUCGAAUAAUGAGCAUCCUGAACGAGUGCAGCAUCAAUUACAAAUUGCCUACUUCAAUAGUUCUCAACAAAGCGCGAAAGUGAAGAAUUUAGAAAAAACUAUUCACUUCAAGGAAAGAAAACUUGCCGCUCUUGAAGAAGAGUUGAGAGAUCAGAAAUCAUGGAAUUUGGAAAUCCUGACAGCAAUGGAGCAGCUGAAAGAUUUGCGGAAAUCCACUUCUGAAGUUGAGAAGACGUCGCCGGAAGUGCGAACGAAAGAUGAAAGGCAAGAGGCGGUCAUAACCGCCGAGAGCGAUUAUGAAAUGGAUAUCCGUAGUGAGAAAUCUUCUGGAAGUGCGCUUUCUGACAGAAUUGUUGUCAAGACAAUUGUGCAAGAUCAUACAGCAGUUUACGAAAAUCGAGUAAAAGAAAUCAAAAGUGCCGCUCAAACUGCGUUACAGGGUUAUAAGGAUCAACUGGCUCAAAAAGACUUGGCCAUUGAAAGGUACAAACAAAUGCUAAGUGAGAAAAUUGAAGAAGGCGUGCAGAUCAUUGAGAAGGUUGAGGUUGUUGAACAAGAAGUCAUCGUUCCGGAUAGAGCUACAUUGGAGAAAUUGAAGGCAUCGGAAGCGAGGAUUCAUGAACUCCAAGAGGAGGAAAUGACAUUGAUGAGAGAAAUUAUGGCGAAUCGCGAUGAUAAAGAUGGUGAGUUGAUGCGGCAAAAGGCUGAAGUGCGAGCAUUACGGAAACGAGUUGCGACACUUGCAAAAACAAACAAAGAGCUCCUGGCGACAUGUGAGCAGAUCAAAGAAGAUGCGAUGGCUGAAUUAUCUACAUUCAGAAAGAAUAAUGAGAAUAUCGAUGAGGCGCGAAUAAAUGAAUUGAGAGUUGAAGUGGAACGUUUGAAAUCGGUAAAUCGGAAACUUCGUGUGAGCAAUGAGGAGCUUAAAUUGGAAAUCGGAAAAAUGAAGCUGACGAGCACAUCGGCAGCUUCAAAACAAAAUAAUGAUAUUGAAGAAUGGGAACGAAAGAAACGCCAAGAAGGACUAAUAAAGAGUCUGCGUGAAAGAUUGAAAAAAAAAGAAUCCAACGAAAAGGAUCUGAUUGAGAAACUAGAGAAGAGGGAGAAGAUUUUGGAGACUUUGAGGAAAGAUCAAGCUGCGAGACAAGCGGAAAUCGAGAAAAUGAAAAAAGCUUUUGCUGACAACGAUCCAUCGGCAUUGAGGAAACAAAUUUCGAAUUCUUUUAAAUCUCGAAUCACCGAACUUGAGGCGAUGCUAACCAAGAAAGAUGAAGAGCGAGAGAGAUUGUCGAGGAUCGCGACAGAAACUCGAAAGACCUAUGACCAGUAUAGAGCCAAGAUGGAUAAAGAAAUUGGAUUUUUGAAAGAAGAAUUAGCUAGAAAAAAUGUGAAAAUUGAAAAAUCUUCGAAACUGCAAAAUACCGUUCCUGUUAAAACUCAAAAUUUGGCGAUUCAGACGGAAUCAACCCCACGAGUGACAGAAUACUAUGAGACGACAAGGAUUAUUGAAAAAGAAACAACCUCCACUGAUAACCAUGAACUCAAAAAAGCACUUCGUCUUGCUGAAGUACGACUCGCUGAAUGCACAGAGAAAUUGGCCGAGUCGGAAGCGGAUUUGGUGAGAAUGACUGAAAAAUACGAGCGAAUCAAAUUGCGAACGGCGAGCAUGUCGCGGAAUGAGAAGCCAACCGGAGCCGUUCUCGUUCUCUCCGAUAAACUGGCGGCAAAGGACCGUGAAAUUGCUCAACUUCGAACAUAUAUUGCUCAUCUUGAACGUUCUGUUAAUCUGCCAGUGUAG